AUCGAUUUCGCGGAAAAAAUUUUAAUUUCUCAUUUUCUCGAAUUAUAUUUUCUCAAAAAAUGAUAUCGAACGUGACUGCGUAAGGUCAUAUGUCGGCACAUCCGACCUUCUACCGUUAGUUGAUCCAUUUUUCAAUUUCAACGUUUUUAAACGUAUUCACAUGUUUUUCGCGUAUAUAAAAAGGGAAAAAGCCCUAUACCUUUACGCGUGAUAAAUGGUCGUAUAUUUUAAAUUGCAUGAUAAAAUACAUGAGCAUUUCGGUCCUAACGCUAUGUGAUUUAUCAGAAAAUAAUUCUCAGUAGAGAACAGUUUAUAAAUAUCAUCAUGUGUUCAUAAUAUUUUUCAAAGGGUAUGAAAAUGUUCGCAAGCUUCGUUGUACUAUUCAAUACUUGUAAAAUUUUAUAUUAAAAUUAUUAUUAUUAAUAGCUUGUUGGUAAUGCGUCUUGUUGCUGUGUCAAUCGAAUACUGAUCAAAGAAUUACCAGAUGCGGCCUAUUUUUAAGUGUGAAAAUUGAAAUAGCUCUGGGGAAUAUAAAAGGCAAACGCGCGCUAGCUUGGCUUUAGUUGAUUUUGAAGCGUAUGCCGCUCUAGCCAAUCACUUAUAAAAAUGCAAUCUCACAGUACAGUGUUUAUCUUCGGUAUAAUUCUUCUACCAUUCGUUGCACUUGCCUCCCCAGAUGAACUAUCAAAUCCAAGGGAUCAGGAAUGCGUUCAAAUUCCAAAAGUAGUUACAGUGGAACAGGUCACUGAACCAGUACAGCAUGCAGAAGGGCCUCACUGGAAUUAUCAAUCCCAAACAUUGAUCUUUGUUGAUAUUCAUGCACAGAGGAUUUAUCACCUGAACACAGUAACAGGAAAAUUGACAUUUGCUUAUAUAGCCAAUGGUCCAGUCGGAUUUGCAAUUCCCGUUGAAUCUUCGCCGGACCAAUUCAUAGCAGGAUCUGGAACAGAUCUUGUGCUUGUUACAUGGGAUUCUGAAACUAAUUCAUCCAAUCCUCAAAUUGAACUUUUGUUCACCGUCGAUCGUGAUCGCAAUGGAACUCGUUUCAAUGAUGCAAAAUGCGACUCACAUGGACGCCUAUGGGCUGGAACUAUGGGACUAGAAAGUUCAGCUGGUGAUAUUGUGCUUCAUCAAGCAUCGUUGUAUCGGAUAACGUCUGAUUUAGUUCCUGAGAGAGUCAUCGUACCAGUGAGCCUCAGUAAUGGUCUAACAUGGAACCAUGGAAACAACAAAUUUUAUUACAUUGAUACUCCAACGCAUCAAAUUGCUGCUUAUGACUUCGAUGCUAAUACAGGAAACAUUUCAAAGAAACGGAUCGCAUUUGAUCUAGAAAAACAUAACAUCGGUGGUCAUCCUGAUGGUAUGACCAUCGAUACUAACGACAAUCUGUGGAUAGCAGUAUACGGUGGAAGACAUAUACUUAACAUCGAUCCAGUCGAAGGUAGAUUGCUUCGAGCCAUUGAAAUUCCAGCUGACAAAGUGACAAGUCUAAUGUUUGGUAGUCCUUCGAUGGAUAUCUUAUAUGUGACGACUUCUCGGUACGGCAUGACAGAUGCUGAAAUUACAACUCAGCCAAGGGCUGGCUGUGUUUUUGCAGUAAAAGGCUUGGGAGUCAAGGGUUACCCAGCAAACACAUUCACCCGAAAUGGAACAAGUUCUUAAAUUAAUAAUUAACACAUUACUGACCAUAGCAUAUAUUACUCUCGUGAAAGUUCCGCAGAGGUGAUAUUUUUUAUACAACAGGUAACUGUGACAAUAUACAUGUAUGUACAUACAUCUAUCCUAUGGAUCUGUUAAUUUAUUUCAAUUUUCUGUAAGGCAGAUUUGUAUUC